UUUGUGGGGAGUGUCUGCAGCCCUGUCUGCAAGUGCCGUCCCCCCUCUGCCCGCUCUGCCGCAUGCCCUUCGACCCCAAGAAGGUGGAGAAGGCUUCCAGCGUGGAGAAACAGCUUUCCUCCUACAAAGCUCCCUGCAGAGGCUGCAGCAAGAAGGUGACCCUGGCGAAAAUGCGCUCUCACGUCUCGUCCUGCGCGAAGGUGCAGGAGCAGAUGGCCAACUGCCCCAAGUUUGUUCCAGUUGUCCCCACAUCCCAGCCUAUCCCCAGCAAUAUUCCCAAUCGCUCGACGUUUGUGUGCCCGUACUGUGGGGCCCGGAACUUGGACCAGCAGGAGCUGGUGAAGCACUGCAUGGAGAACCACCGCAACGACCCCAACAAAGUGGUGUGCCCGGUCUGCUCAGCCAUGCCCUGGGGGGACCCCAGCUACAAGAGCGCCAACUUUCUCCAGCACCUUCUCCACAGGCACAAAUUCUCCUACGACACCUUUGUGGACUAUAACAUCGACGAGGAGGCGGCGUUGCAGGCUGCCCUGGCACUGUCACUCUCGGAGAACUGAGGGUGACCACGGAGCAUCAGUUCGGACCCCCCCUCACACCCUGUUUCCUUUUGCACACUCAACCUUCCUGCCAGGGAGUCACAGAACUCGUCAACCCACCCCCAGAGACCUGCUGCUGCCUCAUUCCUUCUCCUCUCUGGGCAAACCCCACCUUGUUUAAGAAGGUGGAGUGACUUUAGCAUCGUGCUGGACCGGUGAGUGAGCAGAGAUGUCGGCUGCUGGGAGGAGAGAGGAGUCAGCACCGAAGGGCUGGGAUGGUUCCUCCAUCAGGCAUUUCAUAUCCGUAUACAGAGUAUAUUCCUGUAUCCAGAUCUAUUUAUUCCUAGAUGCUUUUU